ACAAUCCGGUCGACAAGCGUCGACGUCCACGUCUGUUUGCACGUCCAUAUUUUUCGCACGUGACGCGCGCGAUCGCCGGCUGCCUGGGUCGGCUUUGCAAACUCGGCGGGCUAUCUGAGGCAGUCGUUCGACUCUUAGCUUGAGCCCAUCGCUGGGCCCCAUCGCGCUACUGACCGAGCCGUUGCCUGUGUACGUAAAACUUGCUGUCUAGUUGUGACGCUCUGUUCGUGCCGAGCAACAUCGAAGAGCCCGUUCACGUGUUCUCUGCCUGCGGUCAUGGGAGAAAGUCUGGCGUGCGAGUUGGUUGACGUCGGAGCCGUCAAGUUCGGCACGUUCACGCUCAAGAGUGGCAUAACGUCUCCGUUCUACGUGGACCUCCGAGUAUCCGUGAGCUACCCGAAACUACUUCAUGAAAUCGCCAAUGCUGUCGUCGCGAAGAUCAAAGAAGACAACAUCGAGGGCGACCUCCUGUGCGGGGUUCCGUACACGGCGCUUCCCAUUGCCACGUGCGUGGCGAUGGCAACAGAGCAACCAAUGGUGAUGGUCCGCAAGGAAAUCAAGGCGUACGGCACAAAACGUCCCAUUGAGGGAACCUUCCACCCUGGCCAGAAGUGCAUCAUUAUCGAGGACAUCGUCAGCAGUGGAUCCAGCAUCAUCGAGAUUGCUCAGGCGCUUUCCGCAGCUGGCCUGGUGGUGACAGAUGCUGUGGUGUUUUUGGACCGUGAACAAGGUGGAAGAGAGAACCUGCUCAAGUGGAACAUUCAACUACACAGCAUCUUUUGCAUCACGACCAUCAUGAAGAAGCUGGUGGCCAAGAAGCGCCUGAGCGAGGAAGUGGCCAGCAAGGUGGCUGACUUCGUGCAGACGGUCAAGGCGCCCCUGGUGCCUUCCCUCCUUUUGCCUUCGCCAAGCAAGGAGAACUUUGGUCACCGGAGCCAGGUUGCCCGCUGCCUGCUUGCCAAGCGCCUUUUGGGUCUGAUGGACCAGAAGCAGACCAACCUGGCAGUUGCCGUCGACGUCACCAGCACCGACAAAUUGCUUCAGCUGGCAGACCAGCUGGGCCCACACAUCUGCAUCUUGAAGACCCAUGUGGACUUCCUGGAGGACUUCAGCCAGGAUGCCAUGAUGCGACUGCGGGAGCUUGCCACCAAACAUGACUUCCUGAUAAUGGAGGACAGGAAGUUUGCAGACAUUGGGGAAACGGCGCAGCUGCAGUACACGAGUCGUCCGUUUUCCAUCCGGCUCUGGUCGGACAUGGUGACCGCUCACUCGCUGCCAGGACCGGGGAUCCUGACCGCGCUGCAGCAGGCCAGCCGACCAGAGCAGGCUUGUGUGCUCAUCGCACAGAUGAGCUCUGCCGGCGCACUCACAACCAAGGGCUACGCUGACGCCACGUUAAAGAUGGCUGAGGACUUUCCAGACUUCGUGCUGGGCUUUGUGUGCCAGUCGCGAGUCUCCCACAACCCGGGACACAUCCACAUGACACCAGGCGUGCGGCUAGACGCCAGUGGGGACAGCCUCGGACAGCAGUACUGUGACCCCGCAUCUGCUGUGACCGAGCGUGGUGCCGACAUCAUCAUUGUUGGACGUGGCAUUGUGGCCGCGGCCAACCCCGAGGAGGCUGCACUGCAGUACAAGAAGGCUGCCUACGACGCCUACCUGUCGACACUGGCCGCGAAGUAGUGUGCUUUCCCGACGACUGAUGGGAAUGCUGUGCUUGUAAAAAAGAAAGAAGCCAAUGGGCUGUUUUGAACAGGCCAGGAAUAAAGCUUUGAUGUUUUGUUA